AUGGAAGUGGCGUCUUCAUCAAAGGAAGAGGAAAGAUCAUUCAAAGCCACGGGCGGCGGCGGCGGCGGCGGAGAUCCUCGCCGCCAAUCUCGGAAGUGCAGAAACAUCUGCCUGGGGGUGACAGCUGUUGUUCUGGUCGCAACAGUCGUACUCGUGAUCCUCUGCUUGACGGUGUUCAAAGCCAGGGACCCCGAAACGACAAUCAAUUCCGUCGUUUUGAAAGACCUCGACGUGGCGCUCAACAUUCCCCGACUCAGCGUGGACGUGAACUUGACGCUGGACGUGGAUCUAUCCGUGAAGAACCCGAACAAAGUGGGCUUCAAGUACAAAAACGGCAGCGCUUUGUUCAACUACAGAGGGGAGCUGGUGGGCCAGGCCCUAAUCGGGUCGGGCGAGAUAUCGGCGGACCAGACCAGGCCCAUGAACGUGACGCUGACCAUUAUGGCGGACCGGUUCCUGGAUAAAUCGGAGCUCUUUUCGGACGUGGUGGCCGGUACUUUGCCUUUGACCACUUUGACCAAAGUAUGGGGCAAAGUUGUCAUUUUUGGAAUUUUCAAGGUUCAUGUGAUCUCCACCUCCUCCUGCGAUUUCAGUAUCAAUGUGAGUAAUAAGACAGUUGGAGAGCAGAAGUGCACACGCAAGACAAAGUUGUGA